ACGCAGAUGCAUAAAAACCUGUGGCACAGACGCUAGUACAAGCAAAAACCUCAAAAGGUCCCAAACUUUGUACCUCAAAAAGUCACAAAAUCAAGAACUCUUUAACUGGGAUUGAAAUGGGCAGGUCCCUAGUGUUUUCCACUAACAUUCCCCUUGAAUUUUCUCAGAACCCCAGAUCAUUUUCACUCUUAAAUCACUCAAAACUUUGUUUUCCACAAAGAUUUAUUGAGAAUUCUCAGAGUGGUUAUAAAAAAAUUCAGCUUUUGAACUUGAAACUAGCGAGAAAUGUGUGCACAAAGGCUGCCUUGUCAGAGAUUACUAAUGAAAGGAAGUAUCCUAAAGUGGGUGCUCCAUCAACUGGGCCUAUAUCAGCUAAUCAGCUUAUUCAAGUAGUUGAAACAGCCGCUAAAACUGGUGCCGAGGUGGUGAUGGAUGCUGUUAAUAAGCCUAGAAAUAUCACGUAUAAAGGACUUACAGACUUGGUGACCGAUACAGACAAAAUGAGUGAGGCGGCUAUAUUAGAAGUUGUUAGAAGGAAUUUUGGAGAUCACCUCAUUCUUGGGGAGGAGGGAGGAAUCAUAGGAGAUACAUUAUCAGAUUAUCUAUGGUGCAUCGAUCCUCUAGAUGGAACAACAAAUUUUGCACAUGGUUAUCCUAGCUUUGCAGUUUCUGUGGGAGUUCUGUUCCGAGGGAAUCCGGCUGCUGCUGCUGUGGUGGAGUUUGUUGGUGGUCCUAUGGCUUGGAAUACACGCACAUUUACUGCAAUUGCUGGUGGAGGAGCAUUUUGUAAUGGCCAAAAAAUUCAUGCGAGCCAAACCAAUCGGGUUGAACAGUCUCUUCUUGUGACUGGCUUCGGAUAUGAACAUGAUGAUCCAUGGGCCACUAACAUAGAACUAUUCAAGGAGUUUACUGAUGUCAGCAGGGGUGUUAGAAGGCUGGGUGCUGCUGCAGUUGACAUGUGCCAUGUAGCUCUAGGGAUUGUAGAAGCAUAUUGGGAAUAUCGUCUUAAGCCUUGGGAUAUGGCUGCUGGUGUUCUGAUAGUUGAAGAGGCUGGUGGGACAGUAUCUCGCAUGGAUGGUGGAAAAUUUUGUGUAUUUGAUAGAUCUGUUUUGGUGUCUAACGGUGUGCUGCAUGCCAAGGUUAGACUUCACUGCCUGUUUCCUAUGACAAAAUUGAGCAUUGUUCUUUCUCUGUUUUCCCCAUUCUUUGAGUGCAGACAUGAGACAAAUGGCAUGAAAAUCUUAACCAAAUGGAAAGGCAUUCGCACUUUUGGAGAGAAUUGCACCCGCAACUGAGAAACUGAAAAGCAAAGGAAUUGAUUUCUCAUUGUGGUAUAAACCAGAAAAUUACCGCACUGAUCUUUGAGAUGACUAGCAUUUAUUCUCAUUUGGAGCUUUGCUGCAACAAGCAGGUGUUGCAUAUUGGUACCCUAACUUGUUUUUAUUUUCUGAAUUGAUCUUUUAAUAUAGCUUUAUUUAUUUGAUUGUCAUGCACUUAUGUACAAUAUCCUGUCAUGUUACUUGAUAAGCGACAUGGAUGCUUCCUUAUCAUGUACGUUCUUCAAAAAUAAAAGAAUUAGUUUAAUGAA